UACCGAAAACUUAACUUCAGAUGCAUGGCUACUGUAAAUAGACUACCAUCAGAAACUACAAAAUUGCUACACCUUCAGACUGUUUCAAGGUAUAGACUAACUCCCUCUAGAUCUAAACUGUCGCUCAAAAGUGUGUGCAAAUGGUCUCCAGCUGUGGGUCUAAUAUUUGCUUGGACUUUCGUGAUUGGUGUCAUGUACAAAGGGGCUGACAUUGUCACACGUGUUAUCACCGAAGGACUGGAAGACAUUGGAGUAUUAAAAAUAAACAGUACGGUGGACUUAUUAAUCGCAAUUUAUGGUUUGCUUGCUAUAGUCAACAUGUUCUACCCCCUGGGUGGACUGCUGGCAGACGUAUGGUGUGGACGGUAUCGAAUGGUUGCCACCAGUAUAUUUUUUCUUUGGUUGUGUCUGGCCCUUGUGACUGUGUUCGCAAUAGUGCAUGUAUCAACCAAUGGAACCACUACAAAAAUCGUUCAAGUAGUUUUCCUUGCUCUGUCAUUUGUCAUGUUUAUACCAGCUUAUGCAGGUUACACAUCAAACAUAGUUCAACUAGGGUUCGAUCAGCUUCAUGACGAGCCUAGUCAGUCACUGGGAAUGUUUGUGCACUGGCUCACUUGGGCAGAGAAUUUGGGAAUCACUUUAGUUCGCAUCUUCAAUACAGUGGUGCAAUGCACAGAGGGAGACAAGAGCAUAGGACAAACAAUGCGUGUAGCCUUUUAUUUAUGUCCGACGGCUUUCCUAAUAAUUUUCUCAGUCGUAUUAGUGAUUACUUUGCUCACCCACCGCUACUUUUACAAGGAGCAAAUUCACAAGAACCCAUACAAGCUAAUCCUCAAUAUUCUGAACUUUACUCGAAAAAACAAAUAUCCAGUACGUGCACCGAGUGCAUUUGUGUACACUUAUCACAGAAAGCCAUCAAGAAUUGAUUAUGCCAAAGAGGUCUAUGGUGGUCCAUUCACUAACUCCGAUGUAGAUGAUGUUAAAACAUUUCUUCGUGUCCUACUUGUACUAUUUGCCCUAGGUCCUAUUAAUAUAAUCUAUACUUCAACUUCAUACACACUAUUCCCUCUCUUUGAACUUCACACCGGCAUGGCAAUAGCCUCUAGUAACUCCACCUGCACAGCAAGAUGGAUUCUCUUGGAAAGUGGGUCUCUUUCUAAUUUGAUCACACAGAUUUUUAUGCCCGUUUACAUCUGGGUAGUGUAUACUGUGAUGCGAAACAGGGUACCCAAGAUUCUCACCCGAAUAGGCAUAUCGGCCGUUUUCUAUACACUGUCUGUGGCUAGCAUGUUAGUGAUUGAUCUGAUAGGACAUGUCACAAGGUAUAUUAAUGAAGAACAGAAUACCAUCUGCUUGUUUUUUCAAAAGAGAGAUGACAUUGACUCUUUGCACAUGAGCUGGUGGGUACAAAUAAUACCAAAUCUUUUAUUGGACAUUGCCCCUAUUAUUUUGCUAGCCACAACUCUUGAAUUCAUAUCAGCUCAGGGACCACACACAAUGAAAGGUGUACUUGUCGGCCUACUAUAUGCAAUCAGAGGAUUCUACCAACUUAUCAGUGCUGCCUUCGUAUAUCCAUUUAGUGUCUAUUCAUGGAGAAAAAUUGCUCAGGAGUCUACCAUUGUUAGUUGCGAAUUUGGUUACUUCUUGGUGACGCUGGCAUUAGCUCUGGGAGGUGUGGUUUGUUUCGUAGUCAGUGCCUGCAGGUACAAGUAUAGAGUACGUGGAGAGGAAGGGUUUUCCCAGAGUGACGUGGAGGAGGUAUUUGAGCGACGAAUCAGGCAAGAACAGGAGUACCUGAGGGCAUUCAGUCAACUGGAGCUGUCAGCUUCUUGUCAGGAAGAGGAGAUGGCAGACUGAUGGUGCAUAUGGUCAAGGAUCAUAUUACUAUGACAUGUAGAUUAAACAGCUACAUAAUUAUAGAUAUACUUCUAGAACACUUUUAAUUUAGUACAGUACUUUAUACUUGUAGCUCUAUCUCUCCAUUUAUAUGCAUAAUUCAUAAGGCCUGAGACGACUAUAGAUCUAUUGUGCUUUCUAUUACUGAUUAGAUUUCCGCUA